GCGCGAAGGGGGCGGGUCCUACUUAAUGAGUCAAUCCGGAAGUGGGGAAUCGCUCUGCCUGUACGCACACACACACACAGACACACAGAGCGGCAGCGGCGUCAAAUCAAGCCCUCGGUCAGCGCGUAACUGUAAAUACAGCCGUUAAAACAAGCGUCCGGAACCGCGCGCUCUCACUUCGCCAGCCGAUAUCGCCGCAGACAGCACCGGAUGUGAACCGCGGGCACACACGGGGAGAGAGGGAAAUGGGCGACAGCUGCAGGAAUGGAGAGAGUCGAGUAUUGACAGCAGCGCCGGGCGAAGGCGACCGACGGUGAUGGAGAUGAAGAGCGAAAAGUGAAGCUCUCGUUCUGACGGUCUGCAUCUCGUCGGUCACGGCCAUCUCGCUGUUUAACCCCGUCCUGUCCGGAGAUGAUGAAAGCAUUUUCCUCCCUGCGGUCCCUUGUGUGGUGUCACUGGACCAUGGUUCGCAAGAAAGGAUCUCUUAUAUUGUGUGGAGCAUUUCUAUUUGUUGCCUGGAACGCCUUGCUGCUGCUCUUCUUAUGGGGAAGGCCUCCCAUUGGCCGACUUGGUGAGGGAGGCGGAGCUGAACCAGGGGCUGGAGAGGAGUGGGGAGGCGGAAAAGCAAAAGUGGGUGGAGCUAAUGGAUUGGCUGGCGAAGUGAUCAGAUUGGCCGAAGAAGUAGAAUCAGAACUGGAGACUCAGAAGAAGCUUCUCAAACAGAUACAGAGUCACAGGGAACUAUGGGAACAGCGGAAAGAACUCGGAAAGAGGGAAUCCGAGGACAUAAAAAAAGACGAAAAGAACGUUGAGGAGCCUAAGAAACCUCAGCAGAUUCCGGCAAUACCUAUAAGUCAAAAAAUUGUAGAUGAAGCAAAAAUUGUUACAGAAAAACAUGAGGUUCUAAUAGUUACGCCACCUAAGCUGGUCAUGAAGGAGCAGGAGAAGGAGCAGGAACAGGAACAAGAGGACAAGAAAAUGGCAGAAAAUGAAGAAGGCCAUACUAAACCAAGCCCUCAAAUCAUUAUCCCAAUUCUCGUCAUUGCCUGUGACAGAGUAACGGUGAAGAGAAGUUUGGAUAAACUCAUACAGUACCGUCCUUCUGCUGAGCUUCACCCAAUCAUUGUCAGCCAGGACUGUGGUCAUGCAGAUACGGCAAGGGUGAUUGGCUCCUAUGGCAGUCAGAUAACCCACAUUAGCCAACCGGAUCUUGCGGACAUUCCAGUGCGACCCGAUCACAGGAAGUUCCAGGGUUACUACAAGAUCGCCAGGCACUACCGUUGGGCCCUGAACCAAGUGUUCAACGUCUUUGCUUACUCCACAGUGGUCAUUGUGGAGGAUGACCUGGAGGUGGCCCCAGACUUUUUUGAGUAUUUCCGCGCGCUCUACCCCAUCUUGCGAUCGGAUCCUAGUCUGUGGUGCAUUUCUGCCUGGAAUGAUAACGGACGGGAUGGGUUGGUCGACCCAGGCAGAGCUGACCUCCUUUACCGGACAGAUUUCUUCCCCGGCCUCGGAUGGAUGCUUUUAAAGGAAGUCUGGGCAGAGCUGGAGCCCAAGUGGCCCAAGGCAUUCUGGGACGACUGGAUGCGGCACCCAGAGCAGCGGAAGGACCGCUCAUGCAUUCGUCCUGAGAUCUCCAGGACUAUAACGUUCGGGCGAAAAGGCGUCAGUUUGGGUCAAUUUUUCGACCAGUAUCUGCGCUACAUAAAACUCAAUACUGAAUUCGUGCCUUUCACUAAUCUGGACUUGUCCUACUUGGUCAGGGAGAAGUACGAUGAAAUCUUUGAAAAGGAAGUGUAUAGCGCCCCCUUGGUGAAGGUGGAGGAACUGCAGCAGGGCGGGAGUCUGAAAGGCUCUGGGCCGUUUCGAGUUCAGUACUCAAGCAGAGACAGCUUUAAAGUGCUGGCCCGCAACUUGGGGGUUAUGGAUGAUUUGAAGUCAGGGGUUCCCCGUGCCGGUUACAGGGGUGUAGUCAGCUUUAUUUCCCGCGGACGAAGAAUUUAUCUGGCUCCCCCUCAGGGCUGGAUUAAAUAUGACACCAGCUGGAGCUGAGGAGGAUGAGCUUUGGACCACAAUAGACCAGAAAGAGAAAACUCACAACUAUUAUUAAAAGUACAGGAGGAGAGAAACGCCCUCUCAAACCAAAGAAAACAGAGGCAGGGUGUGAAAGUUUGAGGACAGGUUAACACUAAGAUGUGAGUAUAAAAUAACUGCUGUUUUGCUAUGGAGGAACACCCAGGAAUGCUGGGAACAGCACAAAAGUUGGUGCAUCGUAUUUGCGCAGCAAUCAUGCAACAAUCUUCUCUCAGAGAAAACAGAGUUACGC